GCUUCGUGACGAUGCUGCGAUACAAGAUCGUCGUUCAGAACUGGUUCCCCGGAGGGUACAGUCUCUUGGGGAUGUACCUCGAGCAGCGUUUGUGGACAAUACAAGCGGAGCUCCAAUUGCAGCAGUUCAACAUCAGGGGCAUCGGGCUUAUGAGCAACCUUACAGCCCACAAGACCCUGGAGCUGAUCCACCUGGUGUUCGCGAAGGACUUGGAGUACCGCAGGGGCAUCGGGCUUUUGAUCAGCUCCCUAGCGGAGAAGUACCUGGAGCAGAUCCAUCUGGUGUUCGUGAAGGACUUGGAGUACCUCAGGGGCGUCGGGCCUUUAGCUAUGCCUAUGAUAGUGAAGUGCCAGGCGGUGGUCCUUCCGGUGUUCGCGAAGGGCUUGGAGUUCCUCAAGGGCAUCGGACUUACGAGCAACCUUAUAGCCAACAAGGACCUGGUGCUGAUCCAACUGGUGUUCGCGAAGGACUUGGAGUACCUCAGGGGCAUCGGGCUUAUGGUCAGCAGGGCAGCUUCAAUUUACCUGGUGCUGAUCCAGCUGGUGUUCGCGAAGGACUUGGAGUACCUCAGGGGCAUCGGGCUUAUGGUCAGCAGGACAGCUUCAAAGUACCUAGAGCAGAUCCAGCUGGUGUUCGUGAAGGACUUGGAGUACCUCAGGGGCAUCGGGCUUAUGAUCCGCCUAGCGAGUUCAAUGUACCUAGAGCAGAUCCAGCUGGUGUUCGUGAAGGACUUGGAGUACCUCAGGGGCAUCGGGCUUAUGGUCGGCCUAGUGGUUUCAGCGUACCUGGAGCAGAUCCAGCUGGUGUUCGUGAAGGACUUGGAGUACCUCAGGGGCAUCGGGCGCAAGGGUCGUUGCUUAGCCAGAGUGUACCUGGAGCAGAUCCAGCUGGUGUUCGCGAAGGACUUGGAGUACCUCAGGGGCAUCAGUCGUGUUCUUUGCCUGAUGGCAAGGAGCCCCGUGGUGGCGGUUACUCAACAGGCCGUGUACCAGGACAAAGGCCUUGGUGUUCCGCCGGUGGAAGCUGCGUAUCGUCCUCCGGGCUUUCGCGACUCAAGGACUUAUGGUGACUAUGGCUUUGAAAGGCCGCCCGGCUUGGAGAUGCGAACGCAAGGACCGGUUCCGGGACCUCCCAACGAGCCGAUCCCCUCUGCAGGAGCUGAUGUUCAUCAAGGGCAAGCUGCUUCUGGGUUUGGCUCUACUGGGCCUUCGGCAAUGGAUGUGUUGAUUACCGGGAUGGGCCAGUUGCAGCAGGUGUUGCUGAAGCAACGAAGCGACGUUGUUGAUCUGGAGCCGAAAGCGGUUUCAGAACUGGCAAAGUUACCAGAGUACACGGCGGAAACAGGGGCCAUUGACUUCCAGGAUUACCUGUACUUGGCGGAGCAGCAGAUUGGAACGUUGGCUUCCGGAGCAGGAGACUGGUGGUCCCGUACGUUAAGUGUGGCCCAGCAGGCGUAUGCAGAGUACCAGACGCUAUCGCCAGUGCGGCGGUUGAAUGUCGUCCCCUCUCUCACCGAUGACUUAAGGGACGACAAGUACAAGAAGCUGGAGCGGAAGGUGGCAGCCUUGGUUCUGGCUUCCUUGCCGAAGAGCGUUCGAGAUGAUUUGGUGGCCUACAGGGUGCAGGGAGUGCAUCAGAUAUUGUACAGGCUGAUGGUCAUCUUUCAACCCGGUGGCGCCCAGGACAGAGCUCAGUUGUUGAAGCAGCUGGAUGUGACAGAGUCCGCGCCGGGACCCGCCGAAGCUACAGCAGCGCUGAGGAGAUGGUACAGGUUGUUGCAGCGUGCUUCGGAUUUGGGCGUGAAGUUGCCAGAUGAGUCCUUGCAGGUGAAGGCUUUGUCGGUUAUAGUCAAGCGGACGUCAGAGCAGAAUGCGGACUUCAAGUUCAGGUUGGCCUUAGCAAGGACGGAGUUGCAGAUCGACACCCGAGGAGCAUACUUGAAGGGCUUGGCUACCGCGCCGGAUCCCAAGGGCAAGGCUAAAGCCUCUCCGGCCAAGAAGGCCUCAACCGUGGUGAAAGGUGUCUCCUAUGUGGUUCCAAACAGCAUAGAGCGAAGGAGCCCCGACUCGUGCGGCGAAGUUACAAUCAAGCUCUGCAGCUACGACUUCGGCGUCCUCACAGACUGUGGCCUUGGCUACACCGCAACCUCAACCGGCUACUACCACCCCAGUGAAGAGGCUGUGAGAACUUUGGUGGUUCGGGAGCCCGAUGAGCCGGCUCCAGCUUUCUUGAGUGCUGUGGCCUGGUACGAAAGUCGUCUGCAGUCGACUGCCGUCGCCUCCGGAGAAGGCGAGGAUACAAGUGAGGCCCUCCUGGAUAGCGGUGCGAGCCAUGCAUUUCGCCCGCCUGUGUCCCAGGAGGAGCUAAUGGUGUCAAAGCGAGUUGGUGUUUCUUUGGCCACUGGGGAGGAGCGCCGCAUCCUGCAGAACUCCGGGGGCGCGUUGCUGAGUGAAGGCAAGAAGGACGCUACAAUCCUUCCGAUGGGACAGUUGGUCACGUUGUUGGGCUGUCGGGUGAACUGGACCCCCAGUAGACUGACAGUGAUACACCCUGCCCAUGGCAAACUUCAGGUUCGUCUUCGCGGCCACUGUCCAGUGCUCCCUGUGACCCAGGCGCUUUCGCUGAUCUCCGAGUUGGAGCAGAAGAGGAUGGAGUCCUUUGAGAAGACCGUUCAGGAACUACAACUCCAGAUAAAGGCGCUGAAGGAGAAGGGCAUGCAGGGAUGGACCUGGGAACAGCACUUGCGCGCUUUAAGGGAACAAGGGGAUCGCACGCAUUUGGCGGGCUUCCUCCACAAGAAUCCGGUGUUCUCCACGGUGAAGGCUGAAGCUCUACUUGGGAUCCCGGAGAAUAUCCCCUUGGAGGGUCGCGACGGCUGGAACUUGCUGAAGGGAAUGCCGUGGUCGAGGGCCAAGAGGAUAUGA